ACAGCAGGUAAAGCAGCAUCAGCGGAGCACCUGAAAAUAUUCAACAGGUCGGGCAACAUCUGUGAAGAGAGACUGAACGUUUCUGGCCAAUGACUUCUGUGUGUUUAUUAAAUCUAAUGUAAUUCUCUUAUUACCAAAUACAGAGUAUUUUAAGGUGUCUUGUUCAGGAAAAACGAUCAUUCCUAAUAUGGCAGAAAAAGAACUCAAAGUAGAAUUUAUCAGUAACCUGAGUGGUACUACUCUAGCUGAGAAUUUAUUGGGUUUAAUUCUGUCUGCAUUAUGCGUCACCUAUCGAGGACUGAUAUUAAUGUAUUUUGUUGGAGAAAGUGCAAUAUCAUCAUGGAAAAGACUUCUGUUUGAUUUUAUUGUGUUAGUGGCAUUUCUUGUACUGUCCUGCACAAUUUUGGCAAAUAUGCUUCACUGGUUGGUGCUGGCUCUGGCAGCUGUACUUGUAUUAUCUGUGUUUCAGAUAUACAGUCAACGAAAACAGCAUUUUCGUCAGCAGUUAAAGGAAGUCUUAAGAUCUUUUUUGGAAACCAGCUUGGAUGUGAAUUACAUUCCCUUUGUCACUUUAUUUCGCGUCUUCAUUAACAUCAAGACAGGCAUCAGCAUUCUAGCUGUGGACUUUCCAAUAUUUCCAAGACGCUAUGGCAAAGCUGAAACAUAUGGAACUGGGAUUAUGGAUUUUGGAGUGGCAGCUUUUGUUUUUGCAAAUGCUAUUGUAUCUCCUGAAGCAAGACAAAAGAACAAAAAUAUAUCAUAUUCCAAUUUCAGUUUUGUGAUUAAACAGAUCAUAGCAGUUUGGCCUUUGGUUUUCUUAGGGUUAGCCCGUUUAAUAAGUGUUAAAGCAGUGGACUAUCAUGAGCAUGUAACUGAAUAUGGUGUACAUUGGAACUUCUUUUUCACACUGGCAAUAGUUAGGGUCUUGUCAUCUUUUCUUUUGAUAUUAUACCCUGUGAAAAAUUCCUGGAUCUUGUCAGCUAGCAUUGCCAUCUGUUAUCAGUUGCUGCUUGAAAUGACAAAUCUGAAGCAAUUUAUAUUACAUGGAAGUGAUGGCAAAGGCACAAGGUUUGGAUUCAUUAAUGCCAACAGAGAAGGACUCUUUUCAUUGCUGGGAUACAUAGCAAUUUACAUGGCUGGUGUACAGGUUGGCAUUUACGUAAUGAAAAAGAGAACAUUGGUUAAAGACUGGGUAAAAGUUCAAGGUUUCCUCGUAAUUAACUUUUUGAUCUUGUGGCUGCUACUGCACGUGUCUGAGGCCCUCACAGACCCAGUAUCCCGCCGAAUGGCCAAUUUGAGUUUUGUUUUAUGGACAGUUGGACAGAGUUUGUUUUUUCUGAUGAUUUAUUUACUUGCUGAUCUUGUUUUAGUGUUUAUCAAGGUUAUCUCAGGGAUGGCUAAUGUACCAAGUUCAUGGAACAUUUUACCAGAUUCUUCCCAAAAGACACAGAAUAGGACAUCAUUGAAAAGCCAUUCUUUUGGAAAGUUGGAUAAAACCACUGUACGUUUCUGUCUUAUUGAAGCUGUAAGCAGGAACCAACUUCUGUUUUUCCUGCAAUCUAAUAUCUUGACUGGUUUAGUGAAUCUCACAAUAGAUACGAUUCAUUGCAGCACAAUUAUUUCCUUAUUUGUACUUUUAAUUUAUAUGUUUUGUAAUUGUGUCAUUGUCUACAUUUUACACAUUAAUGAUAUUACUUUAAAGUUUUGGUGAUUAGCUCUUUGCAUGAUUCACUUUCAACUAAGUAAAAUCAUCCUGACAUUGAGGCCAGAGUUCUUGCACUUUACUAAUCAGCCUUUUUGUGACAUUUACACCUCAAAUAACUUAUAAAGUGUAAUUCUCUGCAGUUGUAGGUUUUAUCUGCUUGUGAUUAUUCUGCUUAUUGUCUGCAAAAUAGGAAACAAAUACCAAAUUAUGUAUGGCCAAUCACAGUCACUCAUAAAAUUAACACAUUCAUUUGUUAAUCCCAGGCCAUCAACAAGGAAGACUAAUGUACCAGCUGAUUCUUCUUUCUAUUUCAAUAUUGCUAAUAGUGAUAUUGAAACUGAAGUGUUCACAGAAUCACAACGGUAUGGAAGCAGGCCAUUUCGCCCACCCUCCAAAGAGCAUCCCACUCAGACCCCACCCUAUCCCUGUAACUCUUCAUCUCCCAUGGCUAAUCUACCUAGCCUGCACAUCCCUGGACACUAUAGGCAAUUUAGCAUGGCCAAUCCAUCUAACCUGCACAUCUUUGGACUAUGGGAGGAAACCAGAGCACCCAAACGAAACCCUCACAGACAUGACGAGAAUGUGCAAGCUCCACAUGGUCACCUAAGGGUGGAAUUGAACCCGAGUCCCUGUUUAAAAACUAAACCACUGUGCAAUAUUGGACAAAUGUGAAAUGAAUGUCAUAAGCCUUUUGUAUUUUUGAUGGGCCGCAUCCCAAAUACAAACACCUUGGCUCUUUCAGAUGGUGAAAACCCCCAACAUGACUUUUAGUGGCCAAAUAUACUAUUUUGCUUAGAAAAGGACUUUGGACUUAUAACUGGACACGUAUAAGGUAGCUAUGUCAGUUACUGACUUCAAGAAAUAACAGCAGAAGCUAUUCUGACACAAACACAUGGAAGAUAAUCUCUGAAAAGCAUUGAACCAGCUGCAAGAAAACUACACAGCCUAGAUAAAAGCUAAAUCUUGAAAAUCAGGGAAAGAAUUACCCCAUUUCCCCCAUACCUACUUUAAGUUCAAUUUCACCUGACAGUUGACCUGGCAGUUAAACAAUAAGAAGCCUUGCAGCUUACUGAUAAUCAUCUGCUUUUCAAAGCCUCCAAUCCAGCUGAAACACAUUCAGGGCCACGAUAAAAGUGACUGAAAUAAUUCUAUCGCUUGUCUUUUUCUUAAUUGCGUCUAAUCUUUGUAUAUGGUACUGUGAGAAAUUCAACUUCCAGGGUAGAUAAUGAAUAAACAUCUUUAUUUUAAAUUCACAAA